CGGUGCCAUACUCUGCAGCCAAGACACCUCACCCUGCAAUGACCCCAGCAGCUGCUAACCAGGCUAAGCAGGGAUCUCUAAUAAAUUCCCUAAAGCCUCCGGGGCCCACGCCAGUGUCUGGUCAGUUGUCAUCUGGUGAUAAAGCUUCAGGGCCAGGGGCAGCCAAGAUAGAAACAGCUGUGACUUCUCCCCCGCCUGCUGCUGGGCAGCUCAGCAAGUCUUUCUCAUUUUCUCCGGCAGGGACUGGCUUUAAUUUUGGGAUAAUCACACCAACCCCGUCUUCUAACGUCACUGCCACACAAGGGACAGCACCCCCCGCUAAAGAGUCACAGCAGCUCGACGCGUUCUCAUUUGGCGGGGGAGGCAAACCCUUUUACGAGCCUGUGGCUGAGAGCUCGCCCCUGUCGGGGAUGACAGCGCCACCCAGCGCCGGAGCCUCUCCUGCCGAGCCUGCGCCUUCCAGCAGCCGACCCGCAGCACCUUCUGGAAUUGCUCUUUCUAACUCCUCUAGCAAGCUGGAAACUCCACCAUCCAAGUUGGGAGAGCUUCUGUUUCCAGGUUCUUUGGCCGGAGAGACCCUGGGAAGUUUCUCGGGACUGCGCGUCGGCCAAGCAGAUGAUUCCACAAAGCCAGCCAUUAAGGCUUCAUCCACAAGCCUGACUAGUGCACAGCCGACCAAGACUUCAACCGUCCCCUCGGGGUUUAGUUUUACUGGGCCUCCCGUGUUAGGGAAGCACGCAGAGCCCCCUGUGACCUCCUCUGUGACCGCCUCCACAGGGGCACCGGCAGCAGUGAGCCCAAGCGCUAGCACUUCCUCGCCUGGCAUCUUUGGCAGUCUGCCCCUCCCCAGCGCGGGAUCCUCCGGGGUGAUCGGUUUCAGUGGGAUGGCCCCAAGUGGUAGCAAGACGAGUUUUUCCUUUGGAAGCCAACAGACGAGUAGUACAGUACCCCCAUCCGCCCCUCCGUCGGCGACAACUGCCGCUCCCCUUCCUACCUCGUUCCCCACCUUGUCAUUUGGUAGCCUCCUGAGUUCAGCAUCCGCUCCCACCCUGCCUAUGUCCUCUGGUAAAAGCACAGAGGAGGCCACGUCCUCAGCUUCGCCUGAGAAGCCAGACAGCAGUGAGGCCUCAGCAUCAACAGCCUCACUCCUGGGGCAGCACCAGUCAGCCCCGCUUCCCCCAGCUCCUCUGCAGACUUCUGACUCCGGGAAGAAAGAAGCUGCCCUCGCGCAGCCUGCGGUUAGCAGCGCCGGCCCUGCCGCGUCCAGUUCCAGUCUCGUGGCACCCGGUGCAGAGGCCACUCCAGCAGCCCCCGCGGUCCCUGAUGUCAAGACGGAGCCGGCAGCUCCUGCUUCCACGCUCUCGGCGCCCGGGCAGCCCGCUGUCACGGCAGCGACGACCCCAGGCACGGUCCCCGUGGCCCUUGAAACCCCAGGUCCCCCCACGACCUCCAGUUCUGUUGCCAGCGUUGCUCCGAGCCUGGCGACGGAGACGGUGGCGUUUGGGACCGCCACUUCGGGCUCCUCUGUCUUCGCUCAGCCACCUGCUGCUAGCUCUAGCUCAGCUUUCAGUCAGCUCCCCAGCAGCACGGCCACCGCCCCCUCGGCUGCCCCCAUGUUUGGGCAGGUGGCGGCCAGCACCGCACCGAGCCUGUUUGCGCAGCAGACGGGCAGCAUAGCCAGCUCGGCGGCCGCCACGCCGCCGGUCAGCAGCUCGGGCUUCGGCAGCCCCGCCUUCGGCACCUCGGCCCCCGGGGUCUUUGGACAGGCGUCGUUUGGGCAGGCCCCGGCCUUUGGGCAGUCAACAAGCAGCCCCACGAGCGGCUUUUCCUUCAGUCAGCCUGGGUUCAGCUCUGUGCCUGCUUUUGGGCAGCCCGUGUCCUCCACCUCCACGUCUGCCAGUGGGAACGUCUUUGGUGCCUCUUCGAGCGCCAGUAGCUCCAGCGCCUUCUCAUUCGGACAGUCUUCUGCCAGCACAGGAGGGGUGCUGUUUGGCCAAAGCAACCCUCCUGCGUUUGGGCAGGGUCCCGGCUUUGGGCAGGGAGGCUCUGUGUUUGGUGGCACCUCAGCCACCACCACGACAGCAUCAUCAUCUGGGUUUAGCUUUUGUCAAGCUUCAGGUUUUGGGUCUAGUAAUACUGGUUCUUUGUUUGGUCAAGCAGCCAGCACUGGCGGAACAGUCUUUGGCCAGCAGCCCUCUUGCAGUGGGAACAUGUUUGGGUCUGGAAACACUGGAAGAGGGGGAGGUUUCUUCAGUGGCCUUGGAGGGAAACCCAGCCAGGAUGCAGCCAACAAAAACCCAUUCAGCUCGGCCAGCGGGGGCUUUGGAUCUGCAGCCACCCCAAAUACCUCUAAUCUAUUCGGAAACAGUGGGGCCAAGACAUUUGGUGGAUUUGCCAGCUCAUCGUUUGGAGAGCAGAAACCUGCUGGCACUUUCAGCUCUGGAGGAGGAAGUGUGGCAUCCCAAGGCUUCGGGUUUUCUACUCCAAAUAAAACAGGUGGCUUCGGUGCUGCUCCAGUGUUUGGCAGCCCUCCUACUUUUGGGGGAUCCCCUGGGUUUGGAGGGGUGCCAGCAUUCGGUUCAGCCCCAGCCUUUACAAGCCCUCUGGGCUCGACGGGAGGCAAAGUGUUCGGAGAGGGUACUGCGGCUGCCAGCGCGGGAGGAUUCGGGUUUGGGAGCAGCAGCAACACCACAUCCUUCGGCACCCUCGCAAGUCAGAAUGCUCCGACUUUCGGAUCACUGUCCCAACAGACCUCUGGUUUUGGGACCCAGAGCGGGGGAUUCUCUGGCUUUGGAUCGAGCGGAGGAGGAUUCAGCUUUGGAUCAUCCAACUCGUCUGUCCAGGGCUUUGGUGGCUGGAGAAGCUGAGUGGGUGUCGGUGUUCUUUCAGUUCCUGUGACCAACUACAUUCUCAGCUCCUCUUCGCUGAGCCACACUGGAGCAGUCCUUUCCCGUGAACAUUCGCACUGAAACACACACCCAGAAAGAAACAGCAGAAACCAAAACUCUAUAGAGAUGCUUGAUCGCUUGUUUGUUUUAUUUUCGAUUUCGUGUUGGUUGUCGUGCCCCCCCACCCCCACCGUCGGUCCCCCACUAUUAAACUCUGGUCUGUUUCCAUGCUGAAUGUAUGUGGGUUAUGUCAGGUCACAGCCUGGGAGAGAGGUUUCCUCAUCGCUGUGGCUCUGAGAAACCUUCCUGGCCUUCCGUCAGCCAGCAGUGUAUGUCUUCAAGGAUGGUACCAGAAGUUGGCAGUGUAGGAGACGGAUGCACGCAGAGGGUGGGCAGGAGCUUCUCCCAUGACCCGCUCUCCUCGGGCCUAGGCCCUUGCCCAGGGAGGAGGUGGAGUGCUGGCCAGGCACCUUUUUGAGGCCGUAACUUGGUAUCUCCUUUUCGUGUCCUUGCUGCUGUUGGGUAUCAGGACCCUCAAGGCACCAGCCUUGUGAUUGGGUGGAGGGCCAGGAACUCCCUCACGCGGGCAUCAGCUGAGUUUCAGAAGAGCUCGUGGCACCUUAAAUGGAGGUACAGGUGGCCGUGAGACGAGCAUGGAAAAGAGGCCAGUGGGCGCUGAUGACAGGGACGCUGCCCUUGGACCAGCCCCAUCAGCUCUGCUUGGUUUGUCUCUGGGGGCUGUGUGUCCCACGGCUGAUUUCUUCGACUCUGGAGAGGCGUGAUGGAGAAGAGCGUCUUUAUCUCCAGUGACCGUGACGUUGGUCACCACGCCUGGCCCGUUGCCUGUGAACCGCAGUGCAGAUAACCCUGAGGCAGGCCUGGAGCCGAGCCGACACCAUAGUCACGUGCUUGCUGGCAUGGCGGAAGGACCCCAACUUCAGUCUUAUCAAAGCACGUGAAGUGCAGUAGCUUUCAGGUCUGGGCAUGUUCCACUUUUUGGGCCUGUGGUGUCCUAGGCAGUUGCCGACAGACAAGGACUGCCUCACAUCCCCGUCGGGCAGGGAUGCGACCGUGCAUUGGCUCGGGUCGUGGCAGGGGAGGGCCAGGAAGGGUUGUUUAGAGUUUUACAUAUUGGAAAGUUCUAUUUUAAAAUGUUUUAAUAAAAGUUUUCCAUGUGACUGUA